AUGGAACCUCUUGGCGAUUCACCCUUCUUCGACUACAAUGGAAUGACCCACUUCCGGCCCUGGCUACGCAUGCAAGACAUCCGCCGCAAUGAUCCACUAUCUAAGGAUCCUUUGCUCGCUGCCGCCGGAUCCCUGUUCAAUCGAGAGAAGAAGAAAUACAAGGACUCUUCGGGGAAAGUUGGCGCCCACCGGCACUAUUGGCCCAAGGUUCGUCCCGGCAGGCGACCCCGUAACGGCCAAAGCGCCAGGGCAGACUUGAGGGUAGCGGUAUGGAGGCGGGUGCGCACCACAGCAGAAGUCAUGGACGGUUACAGCGCAACACAAGCCUUCCAACAGGCCGUGGAGGAUGUCAGUGAUGCGGAGCAAGAUUCUUCCUACCCAGACUUUCCACCAAGAGCCUCAACGCCCCUCUCCGGUGCCCGUAGCAUGAGGGGCAGGACAACGUAUACCGUCGACUCCACCUCGACCUCUAGACUAUCAACGCCGACGGCGAUCGGCACAGACGUCGGGCCGUCUCAGAUACCUGCAUCACACUUAGCAAAGGCACAGACGCUGUACGAGUGCAGGAAGGCCUACAACGAUCUUCCUCCCGAGGAACAGGCAAGGAAACCAGUGGACUGGAGAAGGCACUGGCCCACCCUCGAUGUCUAUCAGAAAGCCCUACUCGAGUGUCGCACCCUGAUGAUACAACAGGUGCAAUUGAUCUCGAGGCAGCCCAGUCUGACGGCCAUGCAAAUUUGGCAGGCGCUUGACUCUGUGCUGCGACAGGCGGCGUACAAAUUACCGCCAUUGCAGUGGAAUUACAUGGAGUGGCCAGCUAUCCCCGAAGACCCCUCGACCUCUCAGACUGCUGGUACUUCAGCCCAACACGCGCUCACUGCUGGCGACGAGCUGGUCUCCGAGGCUUUCCAGGUAGACCCCGUAUUCUCAGACGCCUUGCGAACGUUGGACGUCAUUGUGAAGCGCUCGGCCUUCGACAAGAGGUCCGGCACCACAGAGGGUCGCUGGCCUGCUCUGAUCAUCGUCUGCAGGGUGGAGGCGCUCAUGCUGGUGAACAUCUCGGAAGUACGUGCGGCGGCGUUCAGGGCAUACAAGAAGCAAGUGGGGAACAUUUACGAGCGUCCGCUGACAGAGAGUGAAAGUGAAGAUGAGGGAGAAGAGGAGGAGCAGCAGCAGUACGAGGAGCAGGAGCAGGAGCAGGAGCAGGAGGAGGAGGCGGAGCAGGAGCAGGAGGAGCUGCAGCAGGAGGAGGAGCAGCGGCAGGAGGAGGAGGAGGAGGAGGAGGAAGAGGAGGAGGCUGUCGCUACGGGAGGGAAGCGGAAUAGGAGGGCAUCAGGCACGACAGUGCGAAGGCUCCGCCAGAGACACUCGGAAGAGAGUCUUUCAGGGAGCGUGACCGAAGAAGACGGGCAAGACCUCUUCGAACGCGCCCAAAUGUCAGGCAACCAGCACAACGGCUUCGAUGAGUCACGCCUUUACGCAAGAUCAGGCGAGCCCAGGAUGCAGGACCCCCGUCAGCCUUGCCAAAGCCUCGAAGACGAUGGAGACGACAGCGAGACUGAGAGCGAGAGCGAGAGCGAUGUGGAUGGUGAUGCUGGUCCUGGUGCCGCUGCUACAGUGCGAGCAAAGGUGAAGCUGACUGAGGGGCAACUGAUUGGUUGCGGACGUUGUGCUAUGGUGGUCGGUGUCGUGCGAGACAUCACAGGGAGGGUGACUUGUCCAAGGGGCAAUCGCCAGAUGGUCAAUCUGAGUCGGAUCAACGCCAUCUUCGCCGAGGAACGACUUCGACUACACAUGGGUGCUUUCACCUACAGCGCCAGGCUGACGAAGCGCACCUCGAUGUGA